AAUAAUCAAUUCAUUUUAUUGUACGUCGUCGACUCGUCGUCGCUUGUAGCGACUCGCGCAUUUUAGUCUUAUUUGACAUUCGUUUACUCGUUUAUUUUUGUGUCGUGUUUAGAGAGUGAAGGGGAUUAGUGUAGAAAUUAUCUAGUAGGAUUAGUGUACAAGUUCACUCUCACGUUUUUGGAACACAAUGACCGUAGUGUAAUACGCUGACAUAAAUAGGGUUUGGAAUCCUUUUUUUUGGUAAAGGACAUUAAAGUGAGCACCUCGUAACCAUGGUUCAAGAAUACGUAUCUCCCGUCAGGGUACACAAGUACUCUUUCGAGAUGGUGAUGGCGGCAUACGAAAUGCGGUUCCCGAGCUGCCCUCAGAUCCCGGUGGUGAUCGAGUGCGUGAUCACCGAGGACAGCUGGUCGGCUGACGACUCUCAGCGGCACACGAACAGGCGCUGCCAGCUCAACGUUGACGCGCCCUAUCUGUUGAAGAAGAUGAUCGGUGUUGAUUACGUCUACUUCAUCCAGAAGAACCAUCUCGACCUCAAGAACAGGGUGCUGGAGAUCGAAGCCACGAACGAGACCUUCGCCUCCAGGGUGUCCGUCGUGGAGAAAUGUAAAUAUUAUGUGCACCCGGAGAAUCCCGAUUGGACAUGCUUCGAACAGAGCGCAUUGCUCGACGUCAAGAAUUUCUUUGGUCUCGAGAACACAGUGGAGAAAAUUGCGAUGAAGCAAUACGCCGCGAAUAUCGCUAAAGGAAAGGAACUGAUCGAGGUGUUCAUGAAAGAAGUCCACGCAACUGGCGUGAAGGACCUUCGACCCUGGGAUGCGUCUAACCCAGCUCAGAACCGGGAACUAAGACGCGUAGUCUCUCGCAACACCGAACCGCUAUCUCCUGGACCCGUUGCUGAACCCAAGAAGCAUUCGAUACCAGAUCAAUACACUCUCGACAGUGAUUAUAUUAAGCGUUAUUUGGGUGAGCUGACUCCGAUGCAGGAGUCGCGGCUGCUUCAGCUCAGGAAGUGGAUCGCUGACUUGCAGAAGGGCAAGGUACCAAGCGACACGACCCUGCUCCGAUUUCUGCGGGCUCGUGACUUUAGCGUCGAGAAGGCGCGCGAGAUGCUGUCCCAGUCUCUUCUCUGGAGGAAGAAGCACCAGGUCGACCGCAUCCUCUCCGAGUACGAGACGCCAGACGUGGUCAAGCAGUACUUCCCCGGGGGCUGGCACCAUCAUGAUAAGGAUGGACGUCCUUUAUAUAUUCUACGACUCGGACAGAUGGAUGUCAAGGGACUGUUGAAAUCAAUCGGGGAAGAUGGACUCUUGAAGUUGACACUUCAUGUAUGCGAAGAAGGGUUAAAACUUCUAGAGGAGGCGACCCGGUCGUCCGAACACGCGAUACAGUCCUGGUGCCUGCUGGUAGACCUUGAUGGUCUGAACAUGAGGCACCUCUGGAGGCCAGGAGUCAGGGCGCUGCUGAGGAUCAUACAGAUUGUGGAGGCGAACUAUCCAGAGACGAUGGGCAGGGUCUUAAUUGUCAGGGCACCCAGAGUGUUCCCCAUCUUGUGGACCAUUGUUAGCACAUUUAUUGACGAAAAUACACGCAGCAAAUUCCUGUUCUACGGUGGCAAGGACUACCUCCAACCUGGAGGCUUACUCGACUAUAUCCCUAAAGAUCUAAUACCGGAUUUCCUCGGGGGACCCUGCAAGAGUUUCGUCCACGAAGGAGGAUUGGUACCGAAGAGUCUGUACGUCAGCGGUGCGUUCACGGAGCGCGAUGGGGAUCCGCUGUGUGAAGACAGCAUCUAUAAAUCUGUUAGUCUGGGGAAGGGUCAGGUGCACGAAAUAAUAGUUCAGAACCAGGAUCCCCACAGUGUUCUGACGUGGGACUUUGACGUGCUCCGACACGAUAUAUCGUUCGCCGUUUACCGGACCGACCAGGAUUUGGAAAUUCAAGAUAAUGCAGCCGGUAAUAAAAUUUGUACUGCAGAGGCUUCCGGCGAAGAGGGCCGCUCGGCGCUGGACGGAGCGCGGGGAGGGCGGGUGGAGCGCGUGGAGGCGGCGCGCGUGUGCUACGGCGGCGAGAGCGUGCAGGGCUCGCACGUGCUGGCCGAGCGCGCCGCCUACGUGCUGCAGUGGCGCGCCGGGCCCGCGGGCGCCGCGCUCAUGUACUACACCGAGACGCUGGCCAGCCACCACUACCGGGGUUCGAUGUCCAGCCUGCAGUCGGCCACGAGCGGUUUCUCCUGCUUAAGCAGCAAGUCUGCCACCAGCUCGUGCCCCUCCCGGUGAUGGGGUCCCACCGCCCCGGUCUUGGCGCCUCUGCCCGCCCCUCAAACCCCGUCACCCCCUCUAUUGGACUAAUUGCCCCACAUGGGGCAUUAAUUGAGAGUGACAUUAAGUGCCCCAGAAAUAAAAUACAUUUGACAUAAUUCAUAAAAUGUGUGUUAAUUACAUUAUAAAUAUAAUCUUGCUUAAACGUCAGAUAAUAUAAACUUCUAAUAAAUUAAUUAGUAUAUUCUAGAUAGUUA